AUGGCGUACUUCUCGUGUUUGAAUCGGGGUUUGAAACCAAACUUAUCCUCAGGAAGGAUAGAUGGAACAAUUAAGGUGAGAUCCAAUGUAGAUCCAACUUUCUUUUCACUCGUGGGAUCCAGGCGAUCCAGGGGGACCACCACAACUCCUCUCUUCUCCAGAAUUCAUACAUCCCUUAUCAAAAGGGCAAGGACAGUGGCUAUAACAAGUUUAACAGAAAUUGAAGUAGUAUCAGUUAAUAGGCGUGGUGGUGGUGGAGGUCGCGGUGGCAGUGGAGGUGGUGGACGUGGUGUCUUUGGACGUGGAGGUGGUGGCACUGCUGCAGGCACGACUUGUUAG